UCUAUCACAGGUCAUAGCUUCCGUGUCUAAGAAGCUUCUCUCUCUCUCUCUCUCUCUCUCUCUCUCUCAAUUUUUCUAAUCUUGCAAAAUUUCCCUGCAUUUUCCCAUUUAAAGCUGUGCAUUCUCGCUUCCCAAUCGCUCUUCCUAGUCCUAAAAUCUGAGUGAAAAUCUGUGUAGUUUUUGAAUUCUAUUUUCUCGGAAAUUCUCGUGUGUUUAUUGAAAAUUUAGCAUUUUCAUGGAGUGUUUGUAUCAGGAAGCUUAGUUCGGCAUUUGGAUUCUGGGGUUUUGUUCUCCUGUGCGCUUGAGUAUUGCUGGCCUUGUACAUUUUACGAAGGUUUUCUUGUAUGAUUGUUUGAUUCCUUUGUAAGGCUGUGUGCGCUGAUUAGAUCUUUGUUUUCUGGGGUUUUCUCGAUCCGUUUUGUUGGUUCUGAAGUUUUUUUUAUGAGUUUAGGGUUUGUGAUCAGAAUCAGCUGUUCGCCUGUUGUGUGACUGUGUGCGGUCUGAAUACCUUGGCGUAGGGUUUGUAAAAGUCCCUGUCCAUUAGGGUUUCUUAUCUGAAUUUGAAUUUAAUGGUUUUUCGGGUUCAAUUCGAAGACCUCCAUCUUCGAUUUUGAAGGAAAACUAGACUCUUUUUGGUUAUUUGAUACCAUUUAGCAAAAUCUACCGUUUGAGCAAAACCUGACUGCAGAUCGUUUGAUCAAACGAGUUUGCGUUGAUUAGUUGGAGGAAAUAGGAAUAGUCAUUUUUGGGUUUUAGGAUUAUUGCGCUUCUUCUUUCGAGGUCGCUAGGAUUCGUUGAUUCUUUCUAGAUGGACAGAGAUAAAUCCCCAGGGCACGGUGGAGGAUUUCCUCCUCCGUCAGGUCGUAACCCAAUUUUAGGGAAUGCUUUCGGUGUGAAAUCUGAACCGUCGCCAUCGGCGCCGCUGCCCCCAAUGGGACCCAUUGGUAAUUCGGAGCCGGGUCACUUCGGCCAUGGAAUGCCAUCCGAUAGUGGACGAUUUAGCCAUGACAUUAGCCGCAUGCCCGAUAACCCGCCAAAGAAUUUGGGUCACCGCCGUGCCCACUCGGAAAUUCUUACCCUUCCCGAUGACAUUAGUUUUGAUAGUGAUCUUGGCGUUGUGGGUGGUGCCGAAGGCCCUUCGUUUUCAGAUGACACUGAAGAGGACUUGCUAUCUAUGUACCUUGAUAUGGACAAGUUCAACUCGUCUUCUGCUACAUCUGCAUUUCAAGUGGGGGAACCAUCAUCUCUGGCUGCAGCAGCUCCUGCACUCGUCUCUGCUACUGGGAUGACUCCUAUGGAGAAUGUAAGCGCGGGGACAACUGAAAGGCCUAGAGUUAGGCACCAACACAGCCAGUCCAUGGAUGGUUCCACUACGAUUAAACCAGAAAUGCUUAUUUCUGGUUCAGAAGAGGCAUCCGCAGCUGAUUCCAAGAAAUCCAUGUCGGCAGCCAAGCUUGCUGAACUUGCCCUUAUUGAUCCAAAGCGUGCCAAGAGGAUCUGGGCAAAUCGGCAGUCAGCUGCAAGGUCAAAGGAAAGGAAAAUGAGGUACAUAGCUGAGCUUGAGCGGAAAGUGCAGACCCUUCAAACAGAAGCAACUUCUUUGUCUGCCCAAUUAACCCUUUUGCAGAGGGAUACAAAUGGUCUGACUGCUGAAAACAGUGAACUGAAAUUGCGUUUGCAAACCAUGGAGCAGCAGGUUCACUUGCAAGAUGCAUUAAAUGACGCAUUGAAAGAGGAGAUUCAACAUUUAAAAGUAUUGACUGGCCAAACUAUCCCAAAUGGUGGACCAAUGAUGAACUUCCCCACUUUUGGAGCCAAUCAGCAGUUCUAUCCCAACAACCAUGCAAUGCACACUCUUUUAACUGCACAGCAGUUUCAGCAGCUCCAGAUCCAUUCUCAGAAGCAGCAGCAGCAGCAGCACCAGCUUCAACCACAUCAACUGCAUCAUCUUCAGCACCAACAACUGCAGCAACAACAACAGCAGGAACAGCCGCUGCAUCAGCAGCAGCAGCAGCAGCAGCAGCAUCAGCAGCAGCAGCAAACUGGUGACGUGAAAAUGAGAGGUUCUGCGCCUCCAGCCAGUCAGAAAGAUAAUCCUUCAGACAACUCAUCUGUUGCAUCCAAGGAUUGAAAGGCUCUCAGGUUUUCAGGAUUCAGUUUGUUCAAAAUCUUGGUUCUCAUCGGGGAUGACUGAGAUAGGACAUAUUUGCUCUUCUCCUUCUCCUCUCCCUGGGUUUGUGGGUAGUCAGUUUGGUUACAAAUGACAUUUUCUAGGAAGUGUUCCAGACUGAAUUAUGGUUUAUAUAUUUUUACAUGGUUAAGGUAGUGCUAAAUAUAGCCCUGUUAAAUCACUUUCUUUUUUGUUUUUGCACUCCCAUCCUACCCUCUCAUUUUUCUUGGUUCAGUUGUAUAUUUGUAUUUUUGUGGAGAGCAUGUGUCCACAUGAAUCAAAUCACCAAGCUUUUGUCCUCUGGAGUGCUUGAGAAUUCAAAUGCAUAUACUAGUGUUUCCUGUUA